GCCACAGCCAUGGCUACAGCUACUGAAGUAUUUACUGAGAAACCACUUCAAGGUGUUCCAAUCCUUGCAAGAGAGCCUAGUUUCUCAUCUUCACCAAGAAGGUUGGAAGGAAAAGUUGCUAUUGUGACCGGUGGUGCUAAAGGGAUAGGAGAAGCAACAGUGAGAAUCUUUGUGAAGCAUGGUGCAAAAGUUGUAAUUGGUGAUGUGGAAGAUGAACUUGGAAAGUUGCUAGCUGAGGCAUUAUCCCCUUCAGUAAGCUAUGUACAUUGUGAUGUUAGCAAUGAAGAAGAAGUUGAGAAUUUGGUGAAUUACACAAUCUCAAUGUAUGGUCAACUUGACAUAAUGUUUAACAAUGCUGGGAUCUUAGGGAACCAAUCAAAGAACAAGAAGAGCAUAGUCAACUUUGACCCUAAUGAGUUUGACCAAGUUAUGAGUGUUAAUGUUAAGGGUAUGGCCUUGGGGAUUAAGCAUGCAGCUAGGGCUAUGAUCCCAAGAGGAAUUAAGGGUUGCAUUAUUUCAACUUCUAGUGUGGCUGGUGUUAUGGGGGGUUUAGGGCCACAUGCAUAUACAGCUUCUAAGCAUGCCAUUGUUGGACUCACUAAGAACACUGCUUGUGAGUUAGGGAGGUAUGGAAUUAGGGUUAAUUGUAUUUCACCAUUUGGGGUUGCCACAUCCAUGCUUGUUAAUGCAUGGAGAAAUUGUGAUGAUAAUGAUGAUGAUGGAAUUAAUUUUGGGUUGCCUUCAAUUGAGGAAGUUGAGAAAAUGGAAGGGUUUGUGAGAGGUUUGGCUAAUUUGCAAUGUACAAAUUUAAGGCCUAGGGAUAUUGCUGAGGCAGCACUUUAUCUUGCUAGUGAUGAAUCUAAGUAUGUUAGUGGUCAUAAUCUUGUUGUGGAUGGUGGUGUCACCUCCUCAAGAAAUUGCAUUGGUUUGUAAUGAUUUAUUUUAAUUUUUAUGUCAUUUAUUUAUUUAUUAUUGUUAUUAUUAUUUUGGAGGUAUUUGAUGAUUUUUUU